AUGGCCCUGGUGAUGUUCCGCCGCGACGUGACCAGCACCAGCGCCUCGAUGAUGCUCCGCCAGCAGCGCCGCAAGGUGAUCAAGAUUCUGAUGGUCGUCGUGGCCACCUUCGUCCUCUGCUGGUCGCCCCUUCAGCUGUACAACCUGCUGGCCAUCGCCUCGCCCUCCACGCGGAACUUCAGCACUGAGCAGCAGCUCAACCGCUACGUCUACCUCUACUUCGCCUUCCACUGGCUGGCCAUGGCGCACAGCUGCCUCAAUCCGGUCAUCUACUCCUUCAUGUCCGCCAGCUUUCGGGUAAGUUUUCAGAGGAGAGAAGAGAGUGUUGUGUUGUUGAAGAAAGCUGUACA